CUCCCUAUCAGUGUCUAGUUUGGCAACACGGAUACGCAUGGAGCUUCCAUCACCUCCAGUCUCUUUUACGCACCGAGUCCGAUAAUGCGCGCAGGUACAGGGACCCUAAUCGCCACAUUUCCAACCGCUACACUGAGCAAUUAAUCUCCUCUUAUGGACUAAUAUGAAAGAAGUGGAUGAAGAGGUCUGACACAGCCAAGAAAGGAGACAUUUUUCUUGUGGAUCAUUCUUGUUUUCCAUCAACGAGCGACAGCAUGGAUGUCUUGGCGAACCAUAGUAUCUUUCAGGAACUUCAGCUCGUUCACGACACCGGCUACUUCUCUGCCAUGCCUUCGCUGGAGGAAAACUGGCAGCAGACCUGCCUAGAAUUGGAGCGUUAUCUGCAGACAGAGCCCAAGCGUCUGUCAGAGCUCUUCGACCAAGACCUGGAUGGCCUCCUAACUCCGGCCUACCUGAAGGAGGACGGCGAGGAAGAGUUGACAGACGCCCUGCUCCCGAGCCUGCCCAGCCUCCCUGAGCCCCAGAGCCCAUCCCCAGUGAUCCUUUGCCCAGCACGGAAAAAUUUUCCCUCCACUAUUGCAAUGAAAAGCGACCUCAAACCCAAGGGUCAGGAGCUUGAAAACGUCGAAGGGAUGGAGGGGGUCCACCAGGCCCAGCUGAGUGCCGUCACCUCCCUGACGCCCCCGUCGUCGCCAGAACUGGGCCGGCACCUCGUCAAACCCAACCAGACACUGACGGCCUCAGCUGAUGGGACGCUUACCCUGAAGCUGGUGGCCAGGAAGGUGGGGCUUAGCGCGGCCCGGCUGGUGGCUGCGCACACACUCCCCGUCCGGAUGAAGGACGAAGACGAGGGGGCUGCAUGUGUGAUCGGGGUGGGGGAGCUACCAGAGAACAAGAAGAGGAUCCACCGUUGUCAAUUCAACGGCUGCAGGAAGGUGUACACCAAGAGCUCCCACCUAAAGGCCCAUCAGAGGACACAUACAGGUGAGAAGCCGUACAAGUGCUCGUGGGAGGGCUGCGAGUGGCGAUUCGCCCGGAGCGAUGAGCUGACGAGGCACUACCGCAAACACACCGGUGCCAAGCCUUUUAAGUGCAACCACUGUGACAGGUGUUUCUCGCGGUCAGAUCACUUGGCGCUACACAUGAAGAGGCACAUCUGAGGGAUUUGAGAGAGGUCAGCAGGAGUGGAAGAGAGGGGAAGGGGAUGGAGGCGGAGUGGAAGAAGGAGAGGGAGCAUCAUCUGCAGAAAAAUAACACCAUGGAUGUUAGAGAGAGACAGCAGGAUGGACUCAAAAAACACCAGAUUUGGCCAUUCUGGACUGGAGGGAGAGGCACCACACAGAGAUGCUGACUACAGACAGAAACACAGGCAGGCAGACAGACAGAUCAUAAGUGGCUCUGUCAAUCUGUGCUCAACCAGUUGGUCCAUGAUUCCACAGUGACACAUCGUCACCUCACAAAUGUCUCCCGGUGUUGUCGCGUGGACGAUACAGAUGCUCCAUCCCACCCUUCGUAUGUGUCUCAAUGGGAUGUCACACAAUGAAUGGUGGACCACGUGCCUGUAGUUGGCAGCUCUUUGUUGUAGUCGUCCUUGCAGUCUUUGCAAUCAUCCCUCGGUGAAAACGCUUCCAAAAUGUCAGCCCUGUUCAUGAAGCAGUGCUCAAGUACCAGCGAGCUCACCAACGCCAAACUGGACCAGUUGUACAGUACUUUUAGCUAACAGCAGAACUGCUGUUUGUAUAUUCAAGAUUUCCUCUUCUUAAACGUACCUUGAGCUGAGGAGAACAGUUAAUUUCCAACAGUAGUUAAACAGCAUCAUCUCACAGGGUAAGCAAGCAAGAAAGCUGGCUUUCUCUCCCUCAAACUUGCCACAGCCUUUACAAUUCACCAAAGGGUUUAUUAUCUUAUAUAGGACAGAUAAUAAUUUGACAAUUUUUCAUCUGACCUCUGUCACAUCUGCCGACUGGAUCCAUUUAUAAAUCCUUCUGGUUUGAUGGCAUCAGAGCACUUGUUUGAACGCAGCAUUAGAUUGGAUUUCCUGAAGAUUUGAAGAUGGGAGUGUGUUGCACUGAUGUGCUGUGAAGACUGAUUGAGGUCAUCCAGAGUACUGGCUUGCUUUAUGAACAUCAUCCGUUGAGGGUUACCACUGGAUGAGGCUAACUAAUCUACUCUGGGAAAGACUGUUCAUCUCCUAGAAUGUCAGCUGAACUCGAACAUCUCAAGAGAUGCUAGAUGGCUCCUAAGAGUGUUUUUCCUCUCCAGGAUCUUUACUCUUACAAGUUGUCGUCAGGAGCUGUUGCACAAUUAACUCUUUGCAAACUUUUUGUAAAAAUGCCCCACUGUCUUGAACUGGGAGACAAUUCGGGACUCACCAAACGCUGGCUUUAACAUGCCGUCGAAGUGUGGACUGCCACAUGCACAAGUCGAAGCAGCCAGCUGACCGUGAUAGCACACCGAACGCAAACAAGAUCACUAUGUAUGAUAAAGGCUAUAUUGUUUCUAAGAAAAGAUUCUCCUAUUUGUUCAAAACAGACAAUUGAAGACAUUUUGAAGAACACAUUGGAAAUGGAUGCAGCCAAAAAAACACAAGUGUCUACUAGAUGCCUGAAAUGAUCUCUUUGGCCUUUGAGAGUGAUUGGCACCUAACUAGCACUGGGUUGAGGAGGGUUUUUGUCCUGUUCCCACCCCCCCCAUGCAGAACUCUUCCAAUUUAGCAGCUCUCAGACUUCCUAUCAGAGAAAAGCAGCAUUCAACAGCUCUCCUAAUCGGGCCCUAUGCAUAUCCAAGAACAUUCCUGCUGACUUCCUGAUCAUACAUGUAUGUCUGAAUGCAGAUUUCUGCCCUGCUGGACACAGAAGGACUUGUAGGAAGACACAUGACACUAAUUCAAUCAAUUGGGCGGCUCUUCUCAGAGCAAAUCAAUGUGAAUGUAUCUGUUGUAAGUCUGUACAUGUUGCUGGGCCCAUGAAAACAUUUCAGUGUGGUUGGUAAGAUCAUACCAGACACCAUUUGUGUUUAUACAGUAGUUUCUCUUUUUCACAUUAGAAAUGAAUGGUUGGACUUGGAAUAACUAUCUAGUCACGGCUGGUAGCUUUUGACAUUUUACUGGUCGUACUGGACCAGCGGGAGGUCAUGAGUGCAGAUUUCCAGUGGGUGGCUGAAGUGGGUUAGGGGAGGAAAAGAUCUGCUCAGUCAGCAAUGAUAACUGCCCCAUCAGCUCAUGAAACUGCAGUGGACUGAAACACACACACACACACACACACACACAAGACACACACAUACACUCCUAGAAAACUGGAAUUAACAUUUGUCCUUGGUGAUCUGAUUCUUGUCCAACAGACACAUAAAAUCUAGUUGUUGCUCUUUGCCACAUUCUACUUAAGUGUCAUGUCUUUAAUUCACAAAUCGAAAUUUUGGAUGAACAUCCACUCAACUGAACCGCACACAAAUCAAACAGGCAGCUUGGACAAAAGUAGCUUGUCAGGAUUCUUACAAACUCGAUUGGGAACAGCUAUGUCAAGGUGUUUAUUCUUUAUUUUACAAGAUUUUUAAUACUUUGAGGCAAAGUGAGGCACACAGCAAUCUGCUUUUUGGCAUGGGAGACAGUAAAUUGAUUUCACUCUGUAUACCAGAGGCGCAUUUCAAUUUCAGGUAUGAAUGCAGCCCAGCUCAAUCAUAUGUAGACAUGAUCUGUCUGCGGCUCUGGAAGCAGAAGCUGCAUCACCUCCUGCUUCACAUAAAUAUUGAACUCUUUCUGUCUAAACGUGUAAACAAGCCAGACUCCCUUUUGUAUUGAACAUCUAGGUGACAGGCCUUCACUUGCAAAGACAGGAGGGAGUGACCACAGUAGAAACCAACUGAUACAAGUUUUAACUGCUGGUUUAUUUGCAAGGAGACUAGAAAUUCUUACAGGCCAUCCAGGUUGCAGCUACAACACUAUCAAUGCUACCGGUCAUUCUUUGUGUUUGUUGGCAUUAAUAAAAGUCAUAGAUACUGACAAACAUUUGAGGUUUGGUUUGUAGAAAAUCUAAAAAUAUCCAAUUCAGAUGGGAAUGUCAGAGCAGGUUAGCGGGUUUGUGGUUUUCCUGCAUAGCCUGACUCUCCAUGAGGAAACAAAAAAUGAAGAAUAGCAGUUCAAACCAUGGGUUAAAAUUGUAUCAUCAAUGGCAGCUCUACUUGUGUGUUUCAGUAUUUCAACAGGGCACUCUCCUGUUUAACUGAAUGGUUGCAAAUGUGUGGGAAUGUGCAGCUCGGGAGUGUUUUUUUUUUGUGUUCAUGUUUUGUACCAAUCAUAGACAGCUGAGGAUUUUGGACUGAAACACUGAAUGUGUCGUUUAUUUUUCAAGUUCACUGAGACUUUAAGGAGCCAAGACAUGGGAAUAUUCAAAUUACAGUACAGUUUAAAAUUUGGACUUGACACAAACAAAUUUUUCUCCUCAUGUGUUUGCCAGGAGCUCAAAAACUGGGAUUUCAAAUGUGAAUGUGUUUUCUUAAAAGGUUGUUUCAUGUUGUCUCCGAGGAUACGGUUCAGUUCUGUGUCAUCUUAAUGAAUGAUUGUCAAUUCUGCUGUGCCUGUGUGUUCUUCGUCUGUUUGUAUUUGCACUCUGAAUUUUUGGAAAAAUCACUUGCAUAUCUGAUGUUUUCUGUCUGCUUGUACACUACACUUCACACAAUGACCCUGGGUGAUGAAACACUGAUCACAAAGUCUGUAUAGUAGUUGUUUUUUAGCACAAAUGUACACACUCAUGCAUACAUGCGACAUGGAUUCACACGUAUUGCAGACAUGCAUACACACUUACACAAACAUGCAUGCAGAUACUCCCUAAACAACACACAAAAAACACACACACACACACAUACAUGCACAAGCGCAACCUGAAUCCACACAGUCAAACACCAACUCCUGAACGUACUCACAAAUACACACACACACACACUCUCUCUCUCCGUUCCCCUUGUGUGUUUUUCAUCGUUUUUCAUGCCACCUUGUGAGAGAUCCAGACUGCAGCUCUUGCUCUCAGCAGAGGGGGGAAACACGCAUUACUAUGUGUGACACCACCUCUGUUUCCACCAGGUCUGAAUUUCAAAUCAAACGCACCCCCUUUUUCUACCAGCAUUCCCUCAUCGACCCCCCACCCACCCCCAACCUUCCAUUUUCUCAGAAAUUAUCCUUUUCAACUCCUCUCCUCUGUCCAACUACUCCCUCUUCCCCUCCACCUCCCCUUCCUUCCUUGCCCCCUUCUCCACCUUUUUCCUCCGUUGUCUUUAUCCUUUUCUUUCUCUGUACAAAGUGUUUCAAAUUUAUUAUUUGUAUAUUAUGAUGUAUGGGUACGAUAAUGUUCUUUAUUAUGGAAAAAUGAGAAAGAUUUAUUUUUGUUACCGGUUUGUUUCAUAAUUCCUUUUUUAAAUUGGUAUUGUAAUAUCUCUAUGCAAGGAACUGUUCGGUGAAUCGUUUUUAUUUAAGAAUGUAAUUAUGUGUAAUAAAUGGUAGACGCAG